UUGCUCGCUAACAACUUAACACUGUGAUCGUUGAACGAUUUCUGUUGUGAUAUUGUGGUUAAACAAACCGAGAGCAUUUUAAUAGAUUGAAGAGACUAAAAAGAAAUCAUCGAAUGUGUACCAAUAAUGCACUUGACGCAGCACAGCUACCGCGUGGCCAGCCGCAGACUGAUCCAUAUGCACUGAUGCACUAAUCAGAUUGCGCCAUGCGGCAGUUUUAUUAUUAGCCGGCCGACGAUCGGGAAAUAAAUUUUUAUAUGUCUUUUGGCACUUAAACGACAGUAUCCGAACGUGACAUUGCGUUUGCUGGCACUGUAGGAUGCUUUGUGCUGGCGAUCGACACUUCUCACUUUACAUUUCUGUUCUUUUUUAUACAAAAUCAUCGCUCGUGUACCAACAGGAAGCGACACUGUUGUGUGUGAACGUCCGCACACGGUGAUACAUCACUUUCCUAUCAGCGGCGAUGUAUCCUUUAUCGGGCAUUAUUUAUAUCUUCCGCUGCUAACGUCCGGUUGGACGCUAUGUUUCUUUUGUGUGGCAGCAUGUAUCACAUACGACUGACCCGACUCCUCAAUGUCCUGCGGACCUCGCCGACGCGCCGGAAAUGGCCAGCAGCGCUGUAUACUCAUCUGCUCACAAUGUAUAUACUCUCCUUAUGCACUACUGUGCGGGCGACUUUACUUGCCAAUCCUGCCACUCCUGCAUUUCAGUAUAAUAAUUACAUGGAAUUAACAGAGGAACUACAUAAUAUUCAGAGAACCUUUCCCAAUUUCACGCGCUUGUAUUCAUUGGGCAAAUCGGAACGGGGACGGGAAUUAUGGGCGCUCUGCAUCAGUUCUGACCCGUGGGACCGACCGUUGGGUAAACCGUCGGUCAAGCUAGUUGGAAACAUGCACGGAAAUGAGCCGGUCGGUCGGUCGCUGCUGAUACAUUUUGCUUAUCACGUCUUGCGUAAUCCCGACAAUGACAGCGCCAUAACAAAACUGUUGACCAACACCGAAAUCCAUCUACUACCAAGCAUGAAUCCGGAUGGAUUUGAAUUGGCCGAAGAAGGUGUUUGUAGUGGUACUAAAGGCAGGUAUAAUACACGGGGAGCGGAUUUAAAUCGGAAUUUUCCUGAUUUUAUGCGGAAGAACUUUGUCCGGCGCGAGAAGGAAACCAAGCACAUUAUCAAAUGGCUAAAGAACAACAAAUUUGUGUUAUCCGCCAAUUUUCACGGCGGUGCCGUGGUGGCGUCGUAUCCUUGGGACAAUUACGCAGGAUUCUCUCAAGUGCCGAAACUCACGCUAACCGAAGACCAUGACAUUUUUUAUCAUCUGGCCACUACGUAUGCUCAGCGUCAUUUGCACAUGCACACCGGUCUCAGUUGCGGAGAUUACUUCGAAGGUGGCGUUACAAAUGGAGCAGCCUGGUUUCCUUUGACAGGCGGAAUGCAAGAUUUUAAUUACGUCGUGGCUGGCGUAAUGGAGGUCACUUUAGAAGUGUCAUGCUGCAAAUUUCCCCCAAGGUCUAUGUUGCGCCAUUUCUGGGAAGAAAACAAAAGCGCUAUGAUCGGUUUCGUCCAACAAGCUCAACUCGGGGUGAAAGGACUUGUCCUGGACGAGCGCAAUCAACCCAUUCCACAUGCAUUCGUCGCCGUGCAAGGUCGCAGUAUGGAAUAUGAGACGAGUGAUCGGGGUGAAUUUUGGCGUCUACUACUUCCCGGUAAUUACACAAUCCGUGCGUUCGCCAGCGGUUAUUAUGAAGAGACCCAACGUGUCUCGCUGGGCGAAUCAGAUGUACCGGUCUGGUUGGAAUUUCGUCUGAAAAAGAAAAAUCAGCGCGGCGAAUUCAUGCCACCACAAGUGUUCAACGACAUGCCCUUUGAAUUCAAGACGACGACGACGGUAACGACCACGACGCUGCAGAUGACGUAUGCUCCGGCGACGCCCGCCGCCGUCACCAUCACCAGUGUGUACAUCGAACCACAGAUAAUAACCGGCAGUGCAUCAGUCCCAGCGGAAGUGCACGUCGACGGUCACGGCGUGUCCAAUGAUUCCACUGUAGUCAAGGGAAUGUCCGAAACAUCAUCUCCUGGGAUGGAACAGAACAAUAUUAUUUCAAUCGGGCCGACUACUGGGCUGACAUCCGGAUUGCUAGCCGACAGUGGCGAUUCAUCAAUAAGAAGGAUACUCCCAGAGAACCUGUCGAAUAUCCAAGCCAAUUCCGUGCCGAUGUCCCGGUCCAUCAAGCAAGGUUCCUUUUUCGAGCAGUUUUCUGCUGGAUUGGCUCCUCGAACCAAAUAUCAUCGCAGAGUGCUAGAAUCACUUUUCCCCUUUGCGGCCACCAAUUUCCGGCAAAUUAAAGCUUGAAUUUGGUUUUUCCGAUUGAAACUGGGAUGGUGCUGAAAAAUGGGCAGGAAGUUGUUAUAACAAUGCUUCGACGUUGAGCACAGUUUGUCGUUAUCUGUUAUGUUUUGUUGUAUAUAGUAAUAAUCUACGGCAAUUUUGCAAAGCACUUGUUAAAAACAGACGUUUCCGGUUUCUCGUGUGAUAAAACUGGUAUAUAUCUCUCACUUGGAUAAACGCCCCGAAGGUGUUUGAUGUGAAGGUCUAGGACAACUAAAAAAAUGAAGC